AAGCAAUAAUUAUACAAUAUUUUAACAAUCAUAUAGGUAAAGAAUAAUUAUAAAUCUUAAAAAGAAUAAUUAUAUGAUAUAAUAUUAACUUGAGUAUACCGGUGUGGUUUGCAGAUUCUACAUGAGUCUGUUUAUGUUGCUGACAAAAAAAAAAUCAACUUUUAUAUGUAAGGUUUGUAAUUAAUAGUAUUACCAAGAACCAACAUUAUUUUAUCUUUACAAUAUAUAUAUAUAUAUAUAUAAUUGUGUAUAUAAGUAUAUAUAAUAAUUUAAAUAUGGAUAUAGUGAUAUACACCGGAUCAGAUCGGAUAUUCGUUUUAAAAUUUUUAGUAUUUUUAGUUGAUUCGUUUUUAGCGGGUAUUGCAUAUUAGUAUUUGUUUUGCUUGUACAGUUACGAAAGUAUAAUUUUUCUGAAUCGAAUCAAAAUAAAUAAUGAAUCGAAUCAAAAUUUACAGAUAUUUUUCUCACCGAUACAUGCCACACUCGAUCCAAUCCUACAUCGGUCAAUGUGCGAUACAUGUAUUCCGCAGAUUUUGAUGCACUGUAACAUGUUAAAUAACAACGUUGCAAAAUAUCAUAAAUUUUAUACCAAUUUUGAUAGAAUAUAAAGAUUUUAUUUUGUUACUUACAUGGUAAAAAUAAAUUCGAAACUAAAAGAUAAUAAACUAAAAAUAAAUUUAUUCAAAACCACUCAAAAUGCUAACGGUUGGUAUUAUAUAGUAUUCAACUAUAAAUACAAGACAGUCUUUCGCCUCUUAACACCAAAUCAUUUUCAGUCUUUUCCCAGAUCCGCAAAAAUGGUGAGAAAAAGUAAAGGUCGUCAAAAGAUAGAGAUGGUCAAAAUGAAAAAUGAAAAUAAUCUUCAGGUUACUUUCUCAAAAAGAAGAACUGGUCUUUUCAAAAAAGCUAGUGAGCUUUGCACGCUUUGUGGUGCUGAAAUUGUUGUUAUUGUAUUUUCGCCUGGCAAAAAAGUUUUUUCUUUUGGUCAUCCAAAUGUUGACUGUGUAAUUGAUCGCUUCGCAAACAUUAAUCCACCAAAUCCUCGUCAACACACCGACAUGCAACUUAGUGAAGCCCGUCGAAAUGCAAUUGUUCGAGAUCUCAACAAUCAUCUCACUCAAGUAACAGAAGAAUUCGAAAUUGAGAAAAAGAGGACUGAAGACUUAAAGCAAAAGAGGAAAAACAGUAACAUGCCUGAGAAUUGGUGGGAAGAACCUAUAGAAGAGUUGAACUUAAGCCAGCUCACUGAAUUCAAAUGUGGUUUGGAAAAGUUGAGAAAAACAGUGACUACUGAAGCCUCCAAGAAUUUUCAAGCAAUUGUUCCGCGUCAUAACUUCUAUGGUGGAAGUUCAAAUAAUUCUACUUUUGGGAUUUGUGAUGAUCAUGCAGGUAAUAUCGACACCGAUUUAGAUCUGUAUAAUCAUCAAAGAAUGGUGGCAAGGAACACAUUCGCUUGCAAUCUCAAUAACAUGAUGGUUCCUUAUCAUAUUACAACACCAUUUGGGAAUAUUGGUAAUAGUAAUAUUAUUGAAGGGUUCACUCCAGAAUACAAUCAAAACCCAAACAAAUUAUGUUUUAAGCAAGAACACAUGUCUGAGUGUGACCACCAUUCAGCUCAUCCUCCUCGUUUCGGACAUGGUUACUAUUAAUUUUUGUUCUUUUUGCAAUAAACACAAUGUUUUAUUUAUUGUUUUUGUUUUGUUGUUAUUUAUACAUUUGGGAUGGCGUUAGUUUGGAAAUUAUUACUGCCAAUGUUUCCCUUUCAAACUUGUUGAACACAAUUUUAGUUUGUUGGUUUUUUUUAAAUUUCAAAAAAAUUCAAAUUUAUAAUACUUUUUUUCCAACUUCUGUUAUGAAAUAUAUGUCAUAUGUAUAUUCUUACACUUCUCUGAAAUUUUUUAUAUUUGCAAUAUGUUUACACAUAAGAUAAUAAUAUGUUUGAGAUGAGCUUGUUGAAAGAAAAAACAUCAUAUGAAAUUAUGAAUACGGUUCUAGAAUGAUCAAUUAUAGAUUUAUAGGACCUUGGUGGAAAACUAAAAAUAUAACCUAAAUAUUGUGUUAGUAAAGGAGUAAGAAAAGAGAGUAAAAUGCUUAAAAGGAUGCAACUCUUAAUCAUUAAUGGUACAAAUGAGCUAUUAUAGAUAAGUAAAAUUAUCUUUAUAGUGAUGUAUAAACAUGUUUACAGAGUCUAUAUGAGUCUGUAAAUGUUUGUUGUCAAAAAAAAAAGUGAUGUAUAAACACAUUCAGUGUGGUUUAGUUAUAAUGUCUACACUCAACCACAUAACAACAAAAUGAUUAUUAAUUAAAAAUUUUGAUUUUUUUUACUCCAUAUUUGUAUUCUAAAUCUCUAAUGGGAACAAUAAUAACACAAGUCUCUUUCCAGAAAUUAACACAUCAGUUUUUUUAGCUUUGUGGAACUACAUCGUCAAUAAAUGAAAAAAAAAAGAAAAAAUCAUCAAAACAUUUCAUUUCUAUACAUCACUUUUAAUUUAUACACGUUAACUCUCAAGUUACCCUCACUAUCUAAUUUCUUCUAAUGCAAACCUCUUCGGAUCUCUCAGAUUUAUUCACUUCAUCAUUUUCAAGAAAUCGUUCCAGCACAUUCAUCAUUAAAUUUAUAAAAUAGAACAUUCUAAGGACAUUCCCUCUGGAUAAAUUGGACUGAUGUCUCGUAUUGCUUGGAUAUAUGUGAAAGUCGUUUAACAAAUCUGGAGGGCGGUUCCGCAAGUUGAGGAAGGUUCACGGUGGAUGAGGAUCUAACCCAUGAGAGAUUCAGGUUCAUAUUUCGAUGUAAGGCUUGAGAGAUAAACAGUGGUUCCGGCAAGAUAUUAGCGACUGGUCAUAUUUGUGAUCCGUUAAGCGAACAAGCCAAGAUUAAUCAGUGGUAGUUCGACGAGAGAACCAAAACCGUAACCGGUAAAAGCCGUGAUUUUGUUGAGGUAUGCAAGUCGUGACUAUUAUGCCUGUGAGGAUUGGUUCCCUCACCCUCUUUCAUGUGCCAUAUUUGCCACAAACUCUUCUUUAGACCGGAUCGAAGGUUGAUCCAACUCCGUCGGCGAGAUCUUGGCGAUGAGGUGAAGGCGUGGUGAACCCGGUAGCUGAGCUAGAGGGUAUCUCUCUGUCAUAAACUCAGAAUUAGUGAUCUUCAUUGGUAUCAUGUUAUUUUAUCCAAAUUUAGUUUCAUUUUCCGGUUUUCAGUUCUCUGUCUUAAUGUAAUUUUUUACAUAAAAUACUGAUAGGCCAUGGAUUUUACUCGCUUUUAGCCAUGAUCUAUAAGUGUUUUAAUAAUUAUUUACUACUAUAUAGAGUCUAUUUAGAGUAUUUACAGGUUCAUGGACGAUUUGGAGGAAAGUGGUGACUUUGGUGUCUUUUGGAGUCUUUUCGAUGUGCAGAACUGCACAGACGCGUCAGAUGUCUAGCUAUGGAUGGAGACCUUCCCACCGUUAAAUUGAGCCCAUAUUUUGACACAAGAUAUAUAUUUGAGUUAUCUUUCCAAUGCCUCCGGUUUUAGGUCAAUCAGCAUUCUGUAGUAGACGUUAUGCUCGUUUUACUGAAGAAUGGUCAGUCUGCCUCGCGAGAGGAAACUGUCGAGGAGAUGAAGGACCGUCGAUCGAUGAAACAUCAUUGGUGUCAGUCGACGGUGAUCCCAAAAUAUGGGCUGAGCGUAUUUUAUGACCGCUGAAGCCCAGAAGCAACCAUAAAUUACCAUAAUACCUUUGGACGACCUAAAACUCUAUUUAGGUGUUUUCUAAGCCAUUGUUGACGGCUACACUUAUUAUUAUUCAUUGUUCUUAGUUAGGAGAGAAAGGAAGAACUCCUUCAGAGUCUUCCUGGAACUCCUUUGG